CAAAAAGCUUCAGGGAGAUGGAGAGCUGGGCGGCGCGUUAAGCUGAAGACCCGAGAGGAGGGCGCGGCGUUGUUGUUUUGUACCCCACCCCGCUUCGCUGUACUCGAUCCCCGACGUCCAAGAGGGCACCAGGGCCGGGACGGCGAUGGCUUCCAUGGCGGCGGCGAUCGCUGCUUCCCGUACGACGGCCAUGAACGGCAACCGGCCGCUGGACGAGCGGGAGCGCAAGCGCUUCACCUACUUCUCGUCGCUGAACCCCAUGGCUCGCAAGAUCAUGGCGGAGAAGGAGCGCAUCCGCGAGCGUUACGGCCCCGAGUGGGAGCGGCUGCCGCCUCGCCAGCAGGACGAGAUCAUCGACAAGACCUUGGUGGAGCCCCACAUUCAGGCCCGGUACGCGGCGCAUCGAGGGGCCGCCCGAGGCACCCCGCCCCCGGUCCGCUACCCGAACCUGCGCCUGAAUACCGGCCAGAAGGUGGUGCACUUUGGAGACGAGGAUAUCACCUGGCAGGAUGAACACUCUGCUCCUUUCUCCUGGGAAACCAAGAGUCAGAUGGAGUUCAGUAUUGCUUCUCUAUCGAUACAAGAGCCAGGUGGCAUGGCAUCACAGAACGAACCGAAACAGCUUGUCAGAACCAUUCCAGGCCCCCCAGCCCCCAAACCCUCACAAGGUAGUAAAACACCUAACUCAGAUGGGCUUAUACCAGCGAGGAAAGAGGAGGAAUCAUCGUUCUGGAAGAUCAACGCUGAGCGCUCAAAGUGUGAAGGGGAACAGUCUGAUUUUUAUUCUCUGACCCCUAGCCAGAUCAAGUCAAUGGAGAAAGGAGAGAAGACCCUCCAACCUUAUUACAGGCAAGAAUCUGUUCCCAAAGAGGCAACUAAAGCAGAGAAGCCUAGCGUUAGGAAACCUGAAAAAUUGGUCACCCCGGUUCUUGCUACAACCUCAACAGAAUGGGAAAAACCUCAGCCUGGCCAGCCAUCAGUUUGUCCCUUUGAUGUUUGUCCUGAAGCAGUGGAAAACCUCUCAUCGACUGCGACCACAAGCGAAGAGGCUGAUAGUGGUUUCCUUUCGCAGACAAUUGGUCAGAGCAAUGCAGGUAAUGUUAUCUUGAAGACGGGAUUUGAUUUUCUAGACAACUGGUAAAGAACGGAAAUUGCUUCAGCUCAGUUUUGGAGAAAGAGAAAAGAAGCAUCUUUCUCCCUCUCUCUUUCUUAUUUUUAUUUUUUCGUUACUGGCUUCUACGUGUUCUUUAAAUGAAUCCUUUUCCAACUCUUUUAAAUGUUGUCUUUGUAUUUACAUUUUUUGUAAAACCAGAUGGAUAUUUGUAAUUUGGAAUGGUCCGGUGUUAGAAGCGUGAUUUUUUCCCCUUUAAUAUUCUACAGGGUGAAUAUUGGAGAUGGGACAGGAUACAUUUCCUAACAGUUAUAUGUAUAUUAAGGGCAAGGUGAGGGAUCUGACCUAGAGAGAGAGAGAGAGAGAAGUUGAAGCCACCUAACAGAGGGACCACAGUUAACAAACUACCACAUGAAUUAAAGAAAACAUUCCUUUUGCGGGGGUGGGAUGUGGGGGUGGGAGAGCUUAAGCCUAGGUUCUAUUGAAGCACAAAGCUCAAAAUUGAUCAUGUCUAUUUCAAAUAAACUAAACAGAAAAUAAGGCUACCGAUUUUUACAUUUUUAUUUUUGUAUCAGUAUAUUUAGCUUGACUAGCUUAUUUCUACCGCUGUCUACCAGUUUACAAGAUUUUUGAGCAGCGUUGCCUGAUAGUGGUAAUGCCAUGUGAAAUAUUUUUUAAAUGGAAGGAUUUUGCCAAAGGGGGUGUUCAAAGCAUUAUCUUAGCUAGACUUGGGAGAAUAAUUUGCUAAAAGGGGAGGGAAUCAAAUGCAUGGGAUGAAGCUGCUCCUUUAUUUUCUAGAUUAAAAAUCAGUCAAUAAGAAUCAUUUGGGGGAUACAACCUUAAAGGACAACUGAUUCUCUUGAGGCCCUUUAGCAUCUCUAGUAACAGUGGCUUUGUGCAUGCCAAUCUCUAGGAGUGUAAAUAAUUUCUUCUUCCCCAUCCCCAAGAACCGUACAGUAAUCUACCAUGUUUGUGGCCCAGCAUUUGGAGACUAGGGUGGCCAGAUGCACAAGAAGACAGCGGUCUUGCACCUUUAAAUAGUUGGGUAGAAAAGGGGAUUUAGAAUCAUAGAAUAGUAGAGUUGGAAGGGGCCUAUAAGGCCAUCAAGUCCAACCCCCUGCGCAAUGCAGGAAUCCAAAUCAAAGCAUUCCCGACAGAUGGCUGUCCAGCUGCCUCUUGAAUGCCUCCAGUGUCGGAGAGCCCACUACCUCUCUAGUAAUUGGUUCCAUUGUUGUAUGGCUCUAACAGUUAGGAAGUUUUUCCUGAUGUCCAGUCGAAAUCUGGCUUCCUGCAACUUGAGCCCAUUAUUCCGUGUCCUGCACUCUGGGACGAUCGAGAAGAGAUCCCGUUCCUCCUCUGUGACAACCUUUCAUGUACUUGAAGAGUGCUAUCAUAUCUCCCCUCAGUCUUCUCUUCUCCAGGCUAAACAUGCCCAGUUCUUUCAGUCUCUCCUCGUAGGGCUUUGUUUCCAGUCCCCUGAUCAUCAUUGUUGCCCUCCUCUGAACCCAUUCCAGUUUGUCUGCAUCCUUCUUGAAGUGCAGAGACCAGAACUGCAUGACAAGCUAAACCUGGUGAAAUUCUCUCUUCUACACAACUGUUGAGUGUAGGAGCCUUGCCCUAUGAGAGAGUUGGGUUUCUUUUACACUGUUGUAAUUUUAAAAAAUAGCUUCCAAUAGUUUGGAAAGUCUCUUGACUAAUUUCUGGUGCUGCUUCCCUUAACGAGACUAAAACUCCCAACACGUUGCACACUCCCUGAUGCGAAAGGGUUUUGUUGCUUGUUUUUUUAAACCUUACAGGGAAUUUUGUGCUUUGGGGGAGACAUUCACAAAUGGCACCCCCACCUGUAGCUUGAAAUGGUACAGUCCAAUCUGUCACCUCAGGAUUCUACCACCUCCUCCUGUUGCAUGUCUCGUUGGUCUGCAAUUAAAACGUACAUAGUUAGAAAUGCUUUGUCAAUUGAAUUACCACAUGACAAUGCAUCUUGGUUUUCCCUCCUGCCUCACAUCUAUCCCUAUCACCUUCAAGCCUUAAUUCCCCUUUACGCACAAAUAGUGAUCUGUCCAAUCCAAUACCAAAGGUAAUUCACCUUCUGCUUUUUAACCUUAAGAACUAAAUUUCCAGAGUAUUCACCCAAUACAGUGGUUCUGUGUACUAACCCUUUGAUGCUAUGUGGAGCUCCCACAGUUUCCACUGGACUGUAUUUCUGUAGGGCAGAAAGCAAAACAUACACUCUCACUUUAUUUUUAAUGCUAUUUGUAAGGUCACUUACUAGUAGCCUUCAGAUAGGUCAUUGUCACAUCCUUGAGAUUUUGGUUGUCUCAAGGUUGGACUAGUGUAAACUGAAACCUAAAGAUCCAGCUUACAUCUACAUAAAUCUUAUGUUAAUUUAGUUACACUUCAGUUCAUUUCCUGUACAUCUAAGCUGUUGCUCUCUCAAUGUACUCUGUAGGGAAAUUAUAGUACUAAAAUUAACCAAAGCAAAUUAAGAGGCUGCUUCUGUCUUUGUUCCAAAGAGAUGUCCAUCUGCAUUGUAAUGGAAAAUAAAAAAGUGUGGCAGGAGCUAGUAAAGUGAACUCUAAGAAAAUGCUGCUCAAUUCUCACUUAGAAUCAUAGAGCUGGAAGGGCCCUAUAAGGCCAUCUAGUCCAAUCCCCUGCAGGAAUCCAAGUUAAAGCAUACCUGACUUGACUUCUACACACUAUCGCUCACAUACAUGGAUGCUUCUGGUAAAAUAAUAUUGUAGGAAGGAUAAAUAUGUGCAUCUUUAUAAAACACUCAGACACACGCUGCAAAAUUCUGAUUGAUUUGUUGGUUUCCUGUCGCAUCUUCAGAGAUGCAUCUCCCUAUACCACUGUUUGCAUCAUAGCAACACCUGUAGUGCCAUGUGUAAUGUUAAGUGUGAAUUGAUUCGUAGGUGAUAGGCAGCUUACUGACACUACUAGAGUUACAUGGCUUGUGGAACUGACGGUUCAAAAUGGCAAGAGAUUUUAACACAAGAAAGCCUCUUGAAGUUCUGCUGGCAGUUUGUGAGUGACCAGUUUCUUGCUAUGUUUACAAUUUUUAAGUCACUUUAGUGUUUGUAAAAGUCAUUUUUAAAUGGUUUUUAAAAACCACUUGCUAUUUAAAAAGCAACAAAUCUUUUUUUUUUUAAAGCGAUGGUUGAGCACAAGUCCUACAUGCAUUUAAGGAGUUUCUGAUUUGCACUUUUGAAAUUUGAAAGGGAAUCUAUAUGAUAUUUCCAUAUUUGUUGGCCCUUGAGAGAGAAUGCCCUAAGGCCUAGAGCAGCAUCUUUUUAAGGUCCCUGCUUUUGUGCAUUGAAAAUGGAUAAAUUGAUAGGAUCUGUGUUCUUUCUUUUUGUGUUCUCCUGUUUUGGAAUCUUUCAUCUUACACACUUAGGGCAUACACCCACGCAAGUGUUUGUAUACAGAUUCUAUUCAUUACAUUGAGGCUUAUGCAGGGGAACAUCUUGAUGGAUUGUAGCCAGUAGAACCAGCCAGCAGUGUGUGCUGCAUAAAUCUGUACUCGCCCUUUCCUUUUAUUGUGCUUUGAUGGCUAAAUCUGAUGCUUCUCCCUUUCAUAGAUAUGUUUUUAUUGAAGUUCGUACUUGGUCACUUCGUAUUGAAAUUGUACUUAGUUACAUUUUGUAUAAAAUUACUUGUUAAUUAAAGUAAUCUGACAUAGA